CGCCCCCCCCUCGCGCCGUUUCCGGCCGGGCUGAGGCGGGGCGGCCCGGGGCGGGCAGCGGCCGAGCUGCGGGCUGAGCUGCGGGCAGAGCCAGCACAGCGGGCCGGCAAUCACCGCACAGAUACCAGGGGCCUGCCGCAGAUUCUGCCAAUCUCCCAAGGUCGGGGCUUGAACCCGUCGUGAUAAAGCCAAAGCCACCCCCCUCUUUUCCCAGCCAUGCAAACUGCGGGAUGAAGCUGGAAGCUGUGGUCGAGCAGCUGCAGAAGCAGCAGCAGAAGCAGCAGGCUCCUCUGCAGAUGGAUUCCAGGGAGAGACAGCAGAGGCAGAUGAGAGAAGCCCAGCUGCUCUACACGCAGCAGCUGGCCGUGCAGCAGGCCGUGCUGGCGGCCACAUCUGGCAGGGCAACAGGCGGCUCCGCUGUCGGUCCUUUGGCCAGAGGCCCACCCGCAGCCGGGGCCACGCGGGCUUUCGAUCAGAGCAGCAUGAAUUCAGAGCCUGAAGAGGAAGAAGAGGAUGAGGAAGAGGAGGAAGAUGAGGAGGAAGAGGAAGCCGGGUUGGAAGGAGGAGAUCUUGAGGACGGUGCUGAUGUGACUGGAAAAGAAUCUUGCUCUGCUCUGAAAUAUUUUCACGCUCCCAAAGUUGCCCACCACAACCAAAGAGUGGCCUCUACCUCCAAUUCUCUUCCUGCCUCAGGGCACCAGAGGGGACAGCAGGGCAAGGAAGAACAGGGUAAGGACACUACUAAGCAGCCAUAUGCCGGCUCCCCGUCUGGACGCCAGAACUGGAGAUUGGAUGAGCAGCUCAAACAGAACGGCAAUGUGACCUGGAAUGAUGAAGGUGAUGGAUGCCGAGGAAGAGAAAUUUCACGAGACUUUGCCAAGCUUUAUGAACUGGAUAGCGACCCUGAACGGAAAGAGUUCCUGGAUGACCUCUUCAUCUUCAUGCAGAAGAGGGGAACUCCCAUCAACAGGAUCCCCAUCAUGGCAAAGCAGAUCCUGGAUCUCUACAUGCUUUACAAACUGGUGACCGAGAAGGGAGGGUUGGUGGAAAUCAUCAAUAAGAAGAUCUGGAGGGAGAUCACCAAAGGCCUUAAUCUGCCCACCUCCAUCACCAGUGCCGCGUUCACGCUUCGAACCCAGUAUAUGAAGUACCUCUAUGCCUACGAAUGCGAGAAGAAAUCCCUCAGUUCUCCUGCUGAGCUUCAGGCCGCCAUCGAUGGCAACAGGAGGGAAGGCAGACGACCCAGCUACAGCUCCUCGUUGUUCAGCUACUCACCCACAGCCUCGGGGCCUCCUUCCCUCCUGUCUCCCCCAAAGAUCCGCUUCCCCAUCAUCGGCGUCGCGCCAGGCAGCGGGACCAGCAAUCCACGUGUGUCUCCAGCAGCAGCUGUCAGAAAAGGUGACGGUGUGCCCUUAACCGUGUCAAUGCCAAAUCGUAUCGCUGUGCCAGUGACCUUGGCUAGCCAGCAGGCCACGGUGGCAGCAAGAACAGCCACCUUGGAGCAGCUGAGAGAGAGGCUGGAGGCUGGGGAGCCACCAGAGAAGAAGGUGUCGCGGAUGACGGAGGAGGAGCAGCGGCUGGUCCAGCAGGCUCUGCAGCGCAACCUCUUCAGCAUGGCACGGCAGAUCCCCAUGAAGAUCAAAAUCAAUGGCAAGGAAGACAAACCUGACUCGGCAGCAGCAGCGGCGGCGGCACUGAAUUUGUCCCCUAAUGGCAUCGGGAGCAUUAACAUGUCGGUGGAGAUUAACGGCACAAUUUAUGCUGGCGUGCUCUUUGCCCAGAAGCCAGUUGUCCACCUCCUCGCAGGCUCCCAGAGCUCCUGCAGCAGCAGCAGCAGCUCCCACUGCUCCCCCAGCCCUACCUCAUCGCGGGGAACCCCCAGCGCAGAGCCCUCCACUAGCUGGUCUCUCUGAUGGACGGCUGAGCUUGCUGUCUCACACUGGCCUCCGGCAGCUCUUCCUCUCUGCUCGUGGCGGGGAGCGAGCCGGGAUGGAGUCGCACAGAUUACCUCAUCUCAAGGAACCUGCUUCGUGGUUGGCCAACGGCAAGAUGAUGAUGAUGAUAAUGCUGAAACCUUUCCAUGCCAGCGAGUUCUUUCUUCAUCGCCCGUUUGCUCAGCCUUUUUAUUUGUUCUCCCCUUUUCUUCCUCCCUUUCACUUCUGUUUCCUUCCUCCUCCUCCUCCUACCGGGGUUUGCUGUGUGGAUGGGGGGGGGGGUUACACCUGGCGUUGUUCAAUCAGGGAUCGGCGGGUGGAGGAGAUGGCUGAGACGUCACCAAGGCAGGUGGAAAGAGCCGCCAUCGGGGCAGGGAAACGGGGUUCUCCUCGAGCCACAGCAUGGCUCAGUGUGUUGACAAUCGGGACAGCCAGCAGGCUGCCUCACCCCGCUCCUCCCAUGGCUCUGUUACGGUCCAGUGCUCAUCUGUCCCCCCCCUUGGGCCGCACAGUCCUUGCUCGUGGAGCCCCAGAGAUGCAAUGAGCCUCCUUCCCCCUCUGAGCUCUUGGCUACCCGGGAAGGACCUUCUCACCACUGCUCUUGACCCAUAGACAGAAAUCCCUCUCCAUCAGCUGCCUCAUCCCGCUGGCUGGUGCUGUCCCCUUCCCUCCUGUUGUUGCCUUUUUCAGGCUCUCAGCCGGUUUUUAAACGCCCUUAACCUCGCCUGGGUCUCCUUGAGAAACUCAUCCUGCUGACAUUCCCCCCAGCCUCACCUUCAUUUGGCUCUGAUCCUUUGCUCCCCUGGACACAAACAGCUCAAUCUGGGCUUCCUGGGGCCGGAGGGUGCUCUCCACAUCCCCCUUCAGGCUGAAAGCAGAAAGAAAACCCAUCUCCAUCAGCCAAGAUGCUCUUACAGGGAAGCAGAGGAAACAGAAUCGAACCCUUCCUCACCCUCAUCCCUUCCAGCCCAUUAAAGCAAGCAGGGGCUGCCCAUCAGCUUCUGCCCCACACAUUCUCCAGCCCUCAGACCAAACCCGAGCACCAUCCCUGCCCUGGUGACGUCCUUUCCAUCCUUCAGGCCCCAGUCAGGUUUUUUGAGCAGAUGAAAUACCUCAGAUAUGUACUUAUUGUUUGGGAAGGGGGAAGUUGGGAGGGAGGGGAGGGGGGAGGGGGGUCGUUUGUUUGUUUGUUUUUGGGUUGUUUUUUAACCUCUUCAGGAAGUGUUGGCAUAUCUUAUUGCUUGCUUGGUUGGUUGUUGUUUUGUUGGGUGUUUUGCUGACAUUUGUGUUCAAUUUCUUUUGAAUCGUAGCACCAAAGACAGAAACAUCAGAGCAAUGGAGCAGUGGCUUCCCCAUCUUUUAGGUUAGCAAGGAGACAGCCCUGCCCCAGGUCACACAGGACAGGUAGAGGUAGGGAAGGAGGGUGCAAAUAACAGCUGAGUUAGGGGUCCUGUCCUUCAUGUUGGACACCAGGCUGCCUCCAAGUCCCUGUUUCAGUUGUAGGUAUCCCAUGAUCUGUGUGUGCUUCACAAAGCCCUGCUUACACUACAGACGUGCCCGAUACCUGUUGCUUUCUGACCCUUCAGUCUUGUAGGGGGCAGAGCAGCAGCCUGUUGGCAGCACACAUGGUGCCACCUCAGCUUUCCUUCCCCCCAACCUGCAGCUCAGGCGACAGGGCUGAUCUCAGCCCUUGUAUAAACCACAUGCAGGGUCCUCCAUGUGCAGUCAGGGCUCAAGUGGACAUGGGUAUGGGGGGGGCAGGGAGGGAGGCAGUGCUGGGAGCACAGUGGCCUGGGGUUGGUGUGGAGCUGCUGCUGUUACUCACCCCACAGACCCCUCUUUCUCUUUCCAUGUCGGUUCUCUUUUCCUUUGGGGUUCAUUCUGUUGGAGGUGGGGGUGGCUUUGGGGGCUGUUUGGGGACUGGGGGACUUUGCUUUUCCUUGUUCUUUUUAUUUCCCCUCUGGUCCUGGGGAGCAGAGGUCAGUAAUGGGUGGGUUUGCUGAUGUAUCACGUGCUAACGUUGUGUUCUCUUGCACAGAAAGGCACUCGAAUCACUGAACUGCUAUAACAGCUCGGACACUACGAGAGUAUUAACGUCGAUAAGCUUUAACACAACUAGACUGGAACUAGACAGGGACUAAAAACAGAUUGUUUUGUAUCCGAUUCAGGGAAAGAAACAAGUCGGGAUGCGUAACAGAUACCUCAGUUAAAUAAGCUGCAUCAAUACCGGGGUCCCAAUGAGGGGCCCCGGCCGUUCAGACUGUGAAGAGUUGACCCUUCCUUCCCCAUGCCUGGCUUUGAUGCUGGCACUUGUGUGUCCGGGUCACCUACUGAGCUGCCAGGCAAUGGGGACGGGGUGAUAGAAACCAGCAGCAGAGGGAGGGCGGAGGAGGAGCCGGGUGGGGGCUGAGCCCCCCAUUGACUCCCAUUCAUUUCACUCAGCGCGUUGGGUUGAUUGUAGAGUACUCAGGGUUAUUGGUACUGCGGGUUGGACUGUGCCCAGGGUGAAGCCGUUCCGCUUUGCAGUGCGUCUCAUUUUCUCUUCCAACUCCAAACACAGCGAUAAUAACGACGAGCAGCCAAAUAAGAAACAUAUAGAGAAUAAAGGUGAGAAGGUACCUAUGGCUGCUCUGGGAGCCGCUAUGGGGUGGGAGUACGGGCUGGUGCAGCCAUAGGGCUGCAUUGGGAUCCAGCGCUGGCUCAGGAUGUUCUCACCACACAAAGGCAGCAGCCCUGCUACUCGUUUUACCUAUUUAAAUAACUAAAGAGAUGUGAUAGCGUAGGCGGUGGAUAAAUACCUCAAACGUCUCCUUCCAACAAGUGUCUGUAUAUGUUGUUGUUGGGUUGGUUGUUUUGUUUUUGUUUUCUAUCUUAACACGUUAUCUGAAUGUUUAUAUUCCAAUAAACUUCUACCUCUUCACACUGA